GUGGACGGAGUGUUGGGUCACGACUGGGCAAAUGAGCCUGUCAGGACAAUGUUGAAGGAGAUGAGGACGAUCCUCUUUGUUGAAAGCGCACCAAGCCAUUCCCACAUGCUCGAUCAGGGAGAGCCCGUAGCUGGUCCAUCUACGCAUGGAUCCACUUUAGCAGAGGAGGAAGAUGCACGUGUCACAGAGACUCAUCCUACUACUGGGACGGUCAUACAAAUGGAGGAGACAGUGCAUGCUAAAUGGCAGAGACAUUUUGGAUUAGGUGAUGGAGAAGAGGCAGAAUCAGACCUUUCUGAUGAUGAAGAUGGUAAUUUAUUCUACCCCUUUGCAUCACAUCUGGACUGGCAGGUGGGGUGUUGGGCUGUGCAAGAGGGAAUAGGACACAAAGCAUUUGACAGGUUGUUUGCUAUACCAGGUGUUAGAGAGCAUUUAGGACUUGCAUAUUACAAUAUCAGGGGACUCCAUCAAACCAUAGACAGCAUCCCUCCUCGUGCUAAAUGGCAAUCAACUUACUUGGCCUUCAACGAUACGCCGGACUAUACA